GUUUCAAAAGAUUACGUUGCCUGGAUUAUGAUCGUGUCAGGGUCUUAGAAAUUACUUAUCCAGCCAUUUGGGUUGCCAUUGAGUGAUCAAGAUCUUCGUACAAGUGGAUUCGGAGUGCCUGAAGCCAAGAGUUGCCAUGCCCAAUGAAGAGGCACCGUUGGAAUGCAACUUGUGUAGAGUGACGUAUAUAUCCUCUAGGUUCAUCGACGUUGGGGUUGCGGUAUUGCCGUCCCACUUUCUGAUCCCACUUUUUGCACCGAAAGAUGAAUCUGGCCCCCCGUCCAACAAGCCAAACUUUGUCCCAAGAGAACUAAGCGGCUCAGCCGCAUAUUUGUCACCAAUUUCGUCCGCGUUGCCGGAGUAAGAGGCGUUCCGAGAGCCGGGCAAAAUGCAGAGGCCAAGAGAUGCUAGUGGGCAGCAGGCUGCCUCGAGCUACGAGAGCCCACUUACCCACCCGAGCGCGUGGAGGAAGCAAAAAUAGUGCUAGGGUUUCAAGGUUUUAUGGUCAUUUGGUAGUACAUAGAAAGAGCUCGGCUGAUCAGUUCAGCGCCGCAUCCUCAGUGUCUCUCCCCGCAAUUUUUUUACUUUGCCACUUAAGCAUCGUCCGUCUUGUCCAAACAUACAUUGAAGAGCGCUUCAGACUCAUCAAGGAGCCUCCAACGAGUUCAAACGUCCCCGUCACAGGGGCUCCUUUGGCGACGCCAAUCGGCUACCCCAAGCUCCCUGAGCUGCCACGAGUCACCCUGCAAUCGGCUGAGGCCAGGCACAUAACUUCGACAGACCUUGAUCGAAGGGGUUGCCGAGGACCCCGCGAUUACCACUGCUACUCUACCGACCUUCCCUUUGGGACAUCGCCGACAAAGACAGGAUAUCUUAAGAGACAAAUUGCGCAUCUUUGCCACUGGAAAAGAGCGAUUUCAUCCCAUCGCAUCCAUUUUGGACUCCGGUUUCGUCGCAUUUUGGGCUCAUCGAUAGACCGCGGUGACUGCCUGUACGCUGCUGACUGUAUGACCAUCGCGCCCGUGUAGGAGUGAACCCAGUGGACAGAACGAUUUGUUGGACAAGAUUCCAGACCGAGGCGUUGCCUAGGCUUGCUCAACUGCCAUCAUGCCGUUCCGCGAUAGGAUUGCUCGUCGGUUCAAUGACAGUUGACAUA